CAGAGUGAAAGAGGAGGAGGAGGAUGUUACAGUGAAAGAAGAGGAAGAAGAUGCAGUUUUUGGAGUGGAGGAUGAAGUGAAAGAAGAUGAAGACGUUUUUGGAAUGAAGGAUGAAGAGGGGGAGAUUACUGUCACAUUAGAGGAGGACGAAGAAGAGAAGACUGGAGAUCUGAUUAACACCAGUAAAUACAGAGAGAGAAGUGACUAUCGAGGAUCCUCUGGGGAGCCUCAACAACCUCAUGAUGCUGACGAGGCAAAGAAAAGUCUCAAGAAACACCCGCGGAGACCCACAAGGAAGAAAACUCACUGCUGCUCUGACUGUGGGAAGAGUUUUGUUUCUUCAGGACAUUUAAAAUCACACCAGAGAACACACACGGGAGAGAAACCUUAUAGUUGUGCUCAAUGUGGGAAGAGAUGCACUCAGUCAACAGACCUUAAAAAACAUGAGAGAAUACAUACAGGAGAUAAACCUUAUAGCUGCUCUGACUGUGGAAAGAGUUUUGUUUUUUCAGGACAGUUAAAAUCGCACCAGAGAACACACACGGGAGAGAAACCUUAUAGCUGUGCUCAAUGUGGGAAAAGAUUCACUCAGUCAACAGACCUUAAAAAACAUGAUAGAAUACAUACAGGAGAGAAACCUUACAGCUGCUCUGACUGUGGACAGAGUUUUGUUUUUUCAGGACAGUUAAGAUUACAUCAGAGAAUACACACAGGAGAGAAUCCUUAUAGAUGUGCUCAAUGUGGGAGGAGUUUUACUCAGUCAAGCAGCUUGAUAGUACACCAGAGAACACACACAGGAGAGAAACCUCAUAGCUGUGAUCAAUGUGCGAAGCGUUUUGUUUCAUCUAGCACUCUGACUACACACCAGAGAACACACACGGGAGAGAAACCUUAUAGCUGUAAUCAAUGUGGGAAGAGUUUUUCUCAGCCAAACGGCCUGAUAGUUCACCAGCGAGUACACACAGGAGAGAAACCUCAUAGCUGUGAUCAAUGUGACAAGAGAUACUCUGAUAAAAGAUCUCCCAACUGA